AUGACGUCCUCCAAAUGUUUUUCGGGCUGCACCAUCGUCCGGUACGGUGCACGCAUCAUAUCCAUAUUGGACUUUUGGAUUUGUGUGAUACUUCUGAUAAAAUGCCUUAUGCUGUUAAAUCCAUUUUACGAAGACUAUUACUAUUACAAUUCACGCACAGAACAAAUAAUAUACGAUUUUAUCAUAUUCAGUUAUUUGUUUCUAAUAUCUGUGUUCCUUAACGUAAAUUAUUACCUGAAAGAAUCAACAUACGACCACAAAGUCCAUCAAAUAUAUCAGUGGUUAGCGGUCAACACGAUAUUUCUGUCGUUUCAUAUACUGGCUAUUACUUAUAUCACGAUCAAGAAUAACUAUCCUGUCAUACUUUAUUAUUAUUCAGUACCUAUAUGCUUCAUCCAUCUGUGCCAGAUCUACGUGGUGAAAAGUUUUUAUGACGACGAACUUCUCAAAACGCGGCUGCCGUUGCCCACUUUAUCAUCGGCUGUCACGGGCCAAAGCCAGGGAGCUGUCGUAAAUCAAAAUUUGUCCCAAAAUUCCGUAAAUGUUUCGCUCAGCGGGCCACCGGCACCAAACCCGGUUUAUCCAGUCCAAAGCGCACCACCACUACAACUGCAGGAACAACAGGAACCCCGAUGGCAACCCAGCAGCAAUGGUGCAGUGCUUCCGGUUCCGGUGGCGUCCCUUGUUUACCCUCAACUGCACCACGGUCACCCCAACGGACAAAAUGGCGCUGAACCGCACUAUCAGACUUCAGUGUCACUGCAGCCUGGACCCUCUUCUGUAGAGGUACAGCACCCUCAAGAAUAUUAUAACCCUCCAGCGUAUUCACCACCUUACGAACAGCAAGCAGAAAUUCACUCCGUGAGAAAGAUUUAG